GUUUUAUCAAAUUAUACUUCCAACUUUUACUUGAGGGGUUAAUAUAAGCAGUUGCAAGAAAUGGAAAGAAGCAAACCCAAAACACCAAAACGUAAGCCACGCUUUCCUCUCACACCAGACACAGAGAGGAAAGUCGUAGAUAGCACAACAAAUGCUCAUGCAGGCAGACGUCAGAGAUCAACGAUGGCUCCUUGUGAUUUUGCUUUACCACAAUCUACUGUAAAAAGAAGACUCGGAUUGGAUCGUACAUCCGUGUUUUCUACACAUGGAUCAAUGGAUGGGGCAUGUACAACAGGGUCAGAAGGCAAUGAUACAGAACUUAAGCUUCUUUAUGAUCAGUAUAUGCAAAACCUUCUAACGAAGGAAAUUUUAAAAAGAAGACAACAAGAGAAGAUGCAUUUAUUUUUUAUCCAGUUAGCUACGAUAGCCAAGGAAUGCAAUGACUUGAAAGAAAAGCUGUUCAAACUGAAAAUCCGAGAAAGGGACAUAAUGAAUUUGACUAAAAUACAGACUGCUAUUGAUUCACAAAUUGCCGAUACUAAUAAUUGCACUCUAAAGGAAGAUAUUCAACCAUUAGAGAGUACUCUAUCCCAAUUAUAUAGUCACAUAAAGCCUUUUGAUGUACUCCGCGUAAGUAAUAUGGUCUUACCUGAAACAACUGAAGAAUGGUCUAACAUGAGAGAGACGAUGGAAUCGUGUUCGGAGACAUUAAAAUCUAUUAUAGAUAUCAUUGGACUAAGGAAGGAGUCGUAUGAGAAUGUUAGCAAGGGCGUGAAAGAAUUCAUUCAUAUUUUUGACGAUAUAAAGGAACAUCAUCAGAGGUUGGAGAAAGAAAUACCUAAUUUGCAAUUUCUAGUGUUAAAGGGUGCCUCCUUAGCUUUAAUGGAAGAUCACAAUUGAUAGAUACGAACUUGUUCUGCCACAAAUAUCAUCGCCAUUAUUUAUGGACUACAGAUUCUUACACAGUAUAAAACUGUGAUGUCAGUUUAGAAAAUGACACAUAAAUUGAGAUUUGUUUUAUCGUUCAUCAAAUGAUGAUAACUGAGAACUAGGCUAAGAAUUUAUAUUUUUGUAUCUAUUAUUUGUAAAGAAUGUAAAUAAUAAAAGGUGCACUGGAAAUCUA